AUGGCCAACGAAAUUGCUGCUUCGAAACAAGAGAGCUUAAAGCUCAUCCUUAUUGCUUUGCUCUUCAACGGGCAAUUCACCGCAUGCAGCGAUUUUGAUUUCCUUCACAGGUCUGUCUCCAUAGCCAGUCUUGACCUUUUCAACGUAGUCCACUACAUCAAAGCCGUCCAAAACUUCGCCAAAGACGACAUGGGCACCAUUCAACCAGGAAGUCACCACAGUGGUGAUAAAAAACUGAGAACCGUUUGUGUUCUUACCAGCGUUGGCCAUGGACAAUCUGUAAGGUCUGUCAUGCUUCAAUUGGAAGUUCUCAUCCUCAAACUUGCCGCCGUAAAUAGAUUUUCCACCAUAUCCUUUUCCUGUUUCAAAGUCGCCACCUUGAAGCAUGAAGUUGGGGAUCACCCUGUGGAAAAUAGAGUUUUUGUAGCCAAAGGAAGGGUCAUCAGAAAUAGCCAAUUGUCUAAAGUUCUCAACGGUCUUUGGCACAACGGUACCAAACAAACCAAUGGUGAUACGUCCAAUUUCCUUGCCAUCUUCUUCAAUGUCGAAAUACACCUUGUGAGUAAUCGGUGGGUUUUCAGGCAAACUGGAGGAGCCAGCUGUAACAAACUUGAAAAGCGCAAAAAGAGAAGCAAGAAUUGCAAAGAUGGAAAACGUUUUCAUCAUGUGUCUUUGCUGAGAAGAAUGUUUGUCGAAAUGUGUGGAGAAAUUUGGGCGCAUUUGGACGCACUUCGAAGUCGUGCGCCUAACAUACUACUGGAGCUACAUACUGACGAAAUUAGUUUCAUUGUAUCGCUAAAGUAA